AGGCAAUAGAAAAGAUUUGAGACUGGUUUAAGAUAAUAGCUGCGACGGUACAUAGGCUUGCAAGGGUUGGCGGUAUUUCUUUGAGGUCGUGUACCUACUGCUUCCAAUGUUGUACCUUAAUAUCUUUUCGAGAUAUUUCUGCUUCAUCACUGGCUAGCCAGCUUGGUAGUUUUGUAAGUUAUCCUUUGACAGUUAGCAGAGCAAACUAACAAAACCAAAACACGAAACACAGACACCAAAAGAGCAUGGCUUGCUUAUCUUGCACUUCCAUUUCCAUGCCCAAAGCUGUUGCUCAUCCCCUGGCGUCUCUUACCGACAACCCGUCUCCUCCCCAAGAAGUCAAAUCAAAUCCUAAACCAAGAACUACAACUCGACCCAGAAAAAGGAGACAACGUUUGCACAAGCAAAAGCCGCAGCCUCCUUCAAUCAUCCAAAUUGAACGUGCCAUUGGUGCAGGCUCCUUCAGGGACGCUGACUCCAGUGAUUUGGAGAAUCGGAGGAGAACAGUAUUUGAUGGGCUUUUGCCAAUUACUGGUGGUAAAUUUGAAGGAGAAAUUGAGAAGAAGCUCCGCGAGACUGGGGAGUGGAUUGGUAGCAGAACUGAAGCAACCUUUCGUUCCUGCGGAAGAAGAAUUCUGUUGGUCGUGCUUCAAUGGUUCCUACCAAUUUGGGCCUUUUCUCUCCUGGUGGCUUCUGGAGUUAUAAAGCUACCAUUCAGCACACCUCUGAUUGAUGACCUCAUCAUGUGAAACUAGAUCCUAGAUGUGAUAUGGUUUGUACACGUUAAUUUGAAGCUUCUUGCUUGUUAUGAUGUGAUCAAGGUCGUGCCCUGUCUAUUAAUAAAUAAUUGUAGUAAAUCUUUAUCAUUUGGGUGUGUGUCAUUGUAUUUAAGGUGAUGAAUAGGAACAUGUGUAAAAAUUAUGAUAUUUGUGACUAUAUCCUUUUAUUAAUUAUCAGGCUGCGAAGUAUAUUUCACAUCAUAA